AUGGCUGUCAACAGUUUCCCCAUCUUCCUCCUGCUUCUGAUCGGCUCUUGCACAUCGCACCCGUCACCUCCUCCUCCACUGGGAUGUAGUGAGAAUGUGGAGCCUCCUUACAGGGUGCUGUGUGACCUGGAGUCGGUGUGGGGCGUUGUUUUGGAGGCAGUGGCCUGCAGCGGUGCCCUCACCUCUCUGAUCCUCGCUGUGCUCCUACUCGUCAAACUUCGUUCGAUUUCAGACCCGGCCAGGCGCUCAGGUGUUGGACCACUUCUUCUACUCCUGGGCACACUCCUCGGGAUAUUCCUCAUCUCUCUGGCAUUCCUUGUGGGGAAGAACCAGGUCCUGUGUGUGAUUCGUAGAGCCUUUUGGGGCCCCCUCUUUGCCCUUUGCUUCUCCAGCUUACUGGUUCAGGGUCUGAGGCUCAGGAGGCUGGUGGCUGGGAAAACCAGUCCACCAGGGAGCACGCUGGCUGCACUGGGCCUGGCACUGGCCUUGGUUCAGGGAAUUAUUUCUGCCGAAUGGGUCCUUCUUACUGUGGUCAGGGAGGGUCAUCCAGCCUGCGAGUAUCCACCUUUGGACUUUGCGCUGACAUGCAGCUACACGUUAGGGUUGCUCCUCAUAGCAAUGGGGCUCUCUCUAGCAGUAGUACUGUGUGGGGGGGAACUGGGGGCACAAGCAGCUCAUGACAGUGAAGAAGACGGAGAAGAUGAGAGUGACAAAAGGAGAUGGAAGUGCAACGCAGUCUGGCUUUUCCUGGCAAGUUUGGCAUCAGCAUUGCUUUGGGUGGCCUGGCUUGGCUUCUAUCUGUAUGGGAGCCAAGCAGUGAGGCUGAGAGGGAAAACGGCCAGGCCAGGAAAGGCGGAGGACCGUCUGCUGGACGAGCCUGCUCUGGCGGUGGCCCUGGUUGUUCAGGGCUGGAUCCUUUUACUUUUCCACGGCAUUCCAGAGAGCCACCUCUGUCUCUGGAACCGUUCGCAAUGCGGCAGGCAAGAUUUCUUUGACACCAGCGAGACGACUCCUCCACAUUUCAGAGAUGAGCUCCCGGCACACUCUCACCAACCCUUCCAGGAAAAUCAGGCUUUUUCCAUGGAGGAGCACGGUGCAAGUCUCCGAAGUGGAAACUACCAAAGCGGUCAUGGGAGUGUUCGCCCUGGCAUCGCCUUCAGAGGUCAUGUCUACCAACCAACUGAGAUGGCUCUUGUUAUGAAUGGCGGCACGAUGCCCACGGCCCCUAUUAACUACACUGGAAGACGACUCUGGUAA